AUUUGCUCACACAGAAGCCAUUUCCACUCUCCACACUCUCUCACUCCCUCCGCCAUCCUCAAAAUCUCCUCCUCCUCCUCCUCCUCCUCCUCCUCCAUUAAGACACCCAAAACCAUGGAAAACUACCCAAAACCCCAAGAUCACAAGGAGAACCCACCUCCACAAACCCCCAACUCCGGCGCGGCGGCGUCGUCUCCGCCUCCGACGGCGAGACCCGGCGCCGACGCCGUCCCCUACCCCACCACCUUCGUCCAAGCCGAGCCCUCCACCUUCAAGCAGGUCGUCCAGAUGCUCACCGGCUCCUCCGACACCGCCGCCGCCGCCGCCGCCGCCGCAUCCCCGAAGCACCCUCCCGCCGCCGCGGCGGCGAAGGGCGCCCCAGGCCCCAAAAGGCCGGCCUUUAAGCUGUACGAGCGCCGCAGCAGCACGCUCAAGAGCCUGAAGGUCCUCAGCCCCCUCAUGCCCGCCUUCGUGUUCUCCAACCCCUGCUCCUCCUCCUCGCCCUCGUUCUCGCCGCGCGGCGCGGCGGAGGUCCUCUCGCCGAGCGUGCUGGACCUGCCCUCGCUCGUCCUCAGCCCCGUCACGCCGCUGCUCCCCGACCCCUUCGCCCGCCCCACUCCACCGCCGCCGGGGACGGAGGCGGCCGAGGCGGCCGAGGAGCGGGCGAUCGCCGAGAAGGGCUUCUACCUCCACCCCUCCCCGCGCGCCGGUCUCCCGCCGCGGCUGCUCCCGCUUUUCCCCGUGACGUCGCCGCGCCUCGCCCCCGCCUCCUCCUCCGCUUCCGCUUCUGCCCCUGCUUAAUUGGCCGCUUGGAUGUGUGCCUACUCACUGUUUGAUCUUUGUACUCUCUGAUCAGCUUUUUCCUUAUUUUUUUAGUUAAUUGGGAGAGAAAUGGGAUCGGGGUGAGAUCUCCUCUUGAGUUGUAAAAUUUGAUCUUUUCUUCUUCGUGUUAUUACUGUUAUCAUUAUUAUUCUCUUUCUCUCUCUCUGGUGCAAAUCAAUUCGGAGGAGAUAAAUGAUCUGAGUACUGUUCUCUUUCAAAUUUAUUUUCCUUUAUAUAUUUGUUUUGAUUAAA